AUGGUUACUCUGAGGAGCAAGAGAGCCUCGCUGGAUUGGAGAGUCUCCAUUUUUCUUUUCUGCCUUGUUGCUGCGGUUAGCGGACAAAUACGUUAUUCUAUACCAGAGGAGAUGAGGAAAGGGCUGUUUGUCGGAGACGUUGCAAAAGACCUGGGCUUGGAUGUGAAAAGGUUGGUUUCUGGUCGGGCUCGACUUGUUAUAGAUGAUGAUAACCAAUAUGUCGCGCUGAACCAGAACAAAGGGCAUAUUGUUGUGAAUGAAAGAAUCGACAGAGAAAAAUUAUGCGCCAAAAAAUCACCGUGUAGCUUUAGUCUAGAAAUUGUACUCGAAGAUCCACUUGAAUUGUUUUCCAUUACUAUCGAAAUACAAGACGUAAACGAUCAUGCUCCGGCGUUUCCCAAAAAGGAGAUUAAUUUGGAAAUAAGCGAAUCGACGCCUACAGGGACUGUAUUCUUGCUCGAUAGCGCAGCUGAUCCAGAUGUAGGAAUAAACUCGCUGCAAAGUUACUCUUUAAAGGAAAAUCGUCAUUUUGUUCUCAAACAGCACAGUCGGGCAGACGGCAGCAAAUAUGCUGAAAUGAUGCUUCAGAGUGGUUUGGACCGCGAGAAGCAAAGCGAGCACACCCUUAUAUUAACAGCUGUAGAUGGUGGGGAACCGCAGAGAUCUGGGACAGUAAAGAUACAUGUAUCUGUUCUGGACGCCAACGACAACGCGCCUGUUUUUACGCAGUCAGUAUACAAAGCAUCCGUUUUGGAAAAUGUUUUGCGAGGCACAGUCAUUGCUAGAGUCACUGCAGUAGACGCGGAUCAAGGUUAUAAUGGUAACGUUACAUAUUCUUUCACGCACUUAGAGGAGGAUUCAUCCUGUCCUUUUGAAAUAAAUUCGUAUACAGGAGAGGUUAAACUCACAGGUGACAUAGAUUACGAGACUUUUCCAAAUUACGAAAUAAACCUUCAAGCCAAAGAUCCAUGGGGUGUAGCCGGCGCCAGCAAAUUAAUAAUCGAGAUAGCAGAUGUGAAUGACAACAGUCCAGUAAUCACAAUGGCUUCAUAUUCGGGGAAAAUUUCAGAGGAUUCAACUCCCGGUACAGCUGUGGCGUUGAUUAGUGUCCAAGACAAAGAUUCCGGUAAAAAUGGACAGGUUCAGUUAAAUAUAGAUGAAAAUCUUCCUUUCAAAAUUAAAUCGUCUCGCCGAAAUUACUACACAUUAGUCACGGAGCAAAAUCUCGAUCGAGAAAAGCGUUCCAAAUACAACAUCACUCUCACUGCCACAGAUGAGGGCUUUCCUGCCCUAUCAAGCAGAAAAACUGUCGUUUUAGACGUUACUGAUAUCAAUGACAACGCUCCAGCUUUCAACCGAAGUGUUUACAGCACUCAAGUAAUGGAAAACAAUUCUCCAGGUGUCGCUCUCUUACAGAUUCACGCAACUGAUCCAGAUCAGGGCCAGAAUGCACGAAUAUCAUAUUUUCUUAUUGACGGAGAAAUUAAUGGAAAUCCAGCCUCCGCAUAUUUCUCCAUUAAUACGGAGAGUGGAGUCAUCCAGUGUUUGCGUUCACUUGACUAUGAACAAGUCAAAGAGUACAAAAUACGAGUGAAAGCGCAGGAUGGAGGAUCACCACCUCUAAGUAGUAACACAACAGUCAUUGUAAGUGUCCAGGACCAGAACGACAACCCUCCUCAGGUGCUGUACCCAGUCCAGACUGGUGGCUCUGUGGUGGCUGAGAUGGUGCCUCGUUCAGCAGAUGUGGGCUAUCUGGUGACUAAAGUGGUGGCUGUUGAUGUGGACUCUGGACAGAAUGCCUGGCUCUUCUAUAAACUGCAGAAAGCCACAGACAGGGCGCUGUUUGAAGUGGGCUUACAGAAUGGAGAAAUCAGAACUAUCCGUCAAGUGACUGAUAAAGAUGCUGUG